AUGACAACCAAAAUGGUUUCAUCUCAUCGACUACUCACGUUGAUGGUGUUUGCUCUCCUCCUCAUACCUAUGAUUUCUGGACAAUCAUCAAAAUGUACAAAAGGAUGUACGAGCACACCAGAAUGCAAUAUAAAAUGCAUGAAGAAAGGCGGAGGGCAUUGUCAAGCAUAUAUAGGCAGAAGUCACGGCCGAUUGGCUAUUGAAAAUUAUUGUUGCUGCAAUAAUUAUUCAAAUUCUCCCAUCUCCAGUCCGGUCAUGAAUUGA